AUGGCCCACUACAACUCGCCCUAUUCCGGUUCCACGCCUCGCGGCGAUGACUACUACUACGCCCGGGAACGAUUCCAGUCGGCAACACCAACUCCCUCUCCUCGGGGCUCUUCCGAGUAUUACUACCCGAGUGCCACUCCCCAGCGACCGGCGACUCGUGCGCACUUCCGUCAUGCCAGUUCCGGCUUCAGCGAAUACAGCCCUCGUCCCCCGACGGCUUCGCCCCGGUACACCAGCGAUGGCCAUUAUGCCACGGCAGAUCUGAAUGUGAGUAGUGGUCAUCAUUCGCGCAAGCACUCGUGGGCCACUCCGUCGCAUCUCAGGCGCGGGCGCCGAAGUUCCUUUGUCUAUGUCCGGACCUCCACGCCCCUCGGGGAAUCCGACGAGGACGAGAUCAUUGAGGUGGAUGGCCGUACCUACCUGCUACCUACGCAGUCGUCACCCUCCAGGAACAAGAGGCACUCUGUUCAAGAGACAUAUUUCUAUGAAGACGCCGGUCGAGGAUAUGUCACUGAUUACCACUAUCCUAAGCAGACCGGAUUCAGAUACAUUGAUACUGCGUACGAGCAGCCUUCUCCCUCUCGACCCGUCCAGAGAUCCACCCAUGUCCGCCGCCCCUCGGGAGCCGUUCCCGUGAGGUCCGCCACCGUCCGUCCCUCCAGCUCCCAGCAGAGGAAGGCCCCGCCGCCUCGCCAGGCCACCGAGGCUGAUGCCAAGAGGCACAAGAUCCCCCCGGGUUACUCCCUCAAGAACUGGGAUCCGACCGAGGAGCCCAUUCUCCUGCUUGGCAGUGUCUUCGACUCCAACUCCCUCGGGAAGUGGAUCUACGACUGGACCGUCUUCCACCACGGACAGGGCACUCCCAUCACCGAAAUGGCUGGUGAGCUUUGGCUCUUGCUGAUCCAACUGGCAGGCAAGAUCCAGCGCGCGGAUGAUAUCGUCGAGACUGUUCGCAGCAAGGACAGUAAGGAGAUCCUCGAUGACUUCAUCGAUUCUGGCGAGCGCCUGACGGACAAGCUCCGCAAGCUCCUCAAGUCCUGCGAGACUCCCAUGCUCAACGCUAAGAAGGGCGGCUCCCUCGGCAAGAACGCCGGUGUCGAGUUUGUCGAGACCCUCUUUGGUCGCGAGCGCAAGCUUGACGACACGGAGCGUUUUAUGCAGGGUGUUCGUCUCUUCAACCUGAGAUUCGAUGCCAACUGCGAUGACAUCUUGCGCAACCCCACGGCUUAG